CGGGGCCGCGCGGGACCGGCCUGGGCUUUUUUUUUUUUUUCGGGUGAGGGAGCGAAGCGAGGGUUGGCUUGAGGCGGCAUGAGGAUUUUCAGGCGAUUAAACAGCUUAUUCGCUAGACUCCUGAAAAUAGAACAUUUUGGAACAACAGCAUCAAAUACCUCAUUGCCAGCGGUCUGGCAGCUUUGGAACCCAUCUUAUCUGGUCUUAAAUCGACAGCUGGGACAUCUUUCCAUUGCUGAGAGAAAACAUUUCUUUUCUAUGCCGGAGAUGCUUAACGAGAAAUUUGAUCAUGAUCUGAAUGUCCCUCAUCCCGGAGUACGUGGAAUGAGUGUGCUCAACAGAGAUGCUUUCAAAAGAAUUGUUGUCAUACCAGCCCUAAAAGUUGACAAAGGCAUUGUAAGUAAACUCUUGAAGUCUCUCAAAGAGGUGCUGCUGAAGCGACCAGGUCUCAAGAGAGUAGUUGAAGACCCUGAAGAUGACAGUAGCGUGUUCGUUUUGUUAGAUGCUACUAAAAUACCUGCUGACUGUUCCCUGGGAGAAUCUGUGCAACAGACCUUAAAGAAUUUUGCGGUUAACCCUGAAAUAAUCAAGUACAAAUUGGAAUUGACUUAUGACCAUUUUAAAGCAGAUGAAGUUCUGCAAGCCGUGCUUCCGGAAGGUCAGGAAGUGACUACUGGCUUUAGCAGAGUUGGCCAUAUCGCUCACCUGAAUCUCAGAGACCAUCAGCUGCCUUACAAACAUUUAAUUGGCCAAGUUAUCAUCGACAAGAAUCAUGGCAUCACCUGUGCUGUAAAUAAAAUCACUGGCAUUGACAAUGCUUAUCGAAACUUCCACAUGGAAGUCCUGGCUGGAGAUGAGACCAGUAUGAUAACAAAGGUUAAAGAAAAUUACCUCUGGUAUGAAUUUGAUUUUUCAAAAGUCUACUGGAAUCCCCGCCUUGAAACGGAACACACACGGAUCGUCGGCCUCUUAAAGCAGAACGAUGUUCUCUUUGACGUCUUUGCCGGGGUGGGGCCCUUUGCCAUCCCUGCAGCGAAGAAGAAAUGCAUUGUGUUCGCCAAUGAUCUCAACCCUGAGUCCUACAAGUGGCUGCGGCACAAUUGCAAAUUAAACAAAGUGGACGAAAAGGUUCAGGUCUUCAACAUGGAUGGCAGAGAUUUCCUGAAAGGGCCAGUGAAGGAAGAGCUGGUCCGGCAACUCUCUUUGAAAGAGCGGGAGAGUGCCUUGCAUAUUGUCAUGAAUUUGCCGGCCAUGGCGAUUGAGUUCCUGGAUGUCUUCAGGCAUCUCUUAGACGGAGAACCAGCCCGCACAGACCUCCUCCCUACAGUGCAUUGCUACUGCUUUUCUAAGCAUGAUGACCCUGCGAAAGAUACACGGGAAAGAGUUGAAGCUUGCUUGGGGACAUCCCUCAAGGGGCUUUGUUCUGUGAUGCUGGUGAGGAAUGUGGCUCCCCAUAAGGAAAUGAUGCGUUUCAGCUUCCGCCUCCCAGCCAGUGUCUUGUACAAGCCGUUGUCUUGUCCAGCAGGUGUAAACAGUCCACAGGAGCCGACAUCUAAACGCAUGCGCUUAAAUGAAGACUCCCAAGAGGAAACGAAUCAGAAGGCCUGAGAGUCUCGGUGGUUCCAUUAUUGAGCUGGUGACUGAAAAGAACUUUAGCGCCAUCUUUUCAAGAGGGUCCAGACAGAGUGGAUUUGCUCCCUUGUAAGGGCAGCUAGGCAGCAGGCAGUACAACGGUCCACCCGUGAAUGCUGCCAUUAUAGCCUGCUGUGCCUGUAUGCGGAUUGUGCAUUGACCUUUUUAUUCUUUUUAUUCCAUGGCAGACAGAACCAUUUUUUAAAAUAUAUGUAUUAAAAAGACUUGUUCACUCAUCA